AUGUCUCAGAGCACAGGGGAGCUUGUCCUGAGGAGCGAGGACUCUGGAGGUCAGGCCGGCUGGGCUGGGCAGCUGCAGGAGGCUGUUCCAGCCCAGGAAGCAGUCAGCUGUGUGGGCCCCACUGGGCCUGAACAGGCUGGGGACAGUGGGGUGCUGGGCUGGAGAGGAGGUCAUGGGCCCUGUCACGAGCUCCAGAUUCCCCCAGAUUUGGACGGCUCUCAGGCACCUUCCUACUCAGCCUCCACCUGGGCCCAGCUCACCUUGUCACACAGCCCCAGAUGCUGCGGAGAGGAGCUGGUUAGGCGUUUGAUCGAGGUGGGAAGGGCGAGCGUGGUGGGAGGAGGGUCCUUGGAGGAGACCGAGCAGGAGCCACGGGGGAGGCAGGAGGGCACCCAGGAGAGUGGCAGCAGGGGACAAUCGGACUCUACGUUCUUGAGCAACCUUGCCUAUGACACUCCCCAUGGGCCCCAGGAGAGGCCAAGACGUUGUCAGGGAGAUGGAGAAACCAUUUCUUCACCUUCCACAAGAGGCUUCCCGCUCCCACUGCCCAGCAAUCCCAUGAGGCAACAGCAGGGGCUGAGGCAAGUCCAGCUCACAGCCGGGGAGGAGAUCAGGGAUGGGGCAGGUCAGGAAGACACGUGGUUGGGCCAUUGCAACAGGCCCAGGAGGGGCAUAAAGGACGGACCUGCAUGCUGGGAGGAAGCCGACUUGGGGACCAUGGAGACCAAGAGGGCCAGCCUCGCCCUGGGGCGGUGGUCACUGUGGCUACUGCUGCUGGGACUAGUGGUGCCCUCGGCCAGCGCCCGGGCCCUCAGCUACAGGGAAGCUGUGCUCCGUGCUGUGGAUCGCCUCAACGAGUGGUCCUCAGAAGCUAAUCUCUUCCGCCUCCUGGAGCUGGACCCGCCUCCCAAGGCCGACGAGGACCCGGACACCCCAAAGCCUGUGAGCUUCACGGUGAAGGAGACUGUGUGCCCCAGCACGACCCAGAAGCCCCCGGAGCAGUGUGACUUCAAGGAGAAUGGGCUGGUGAAACAGUGUGUGGGGACAGUCACCCUGGACCCGUCCAAGGACCAAUUUGACAUAGUCUGUAAGGAGCUUCAGAGUGUCAGGAGAAUUCGUAUCCGGCCUCCACGUUUGCCAAGGCCAAGGCCACGCCCGUGGGUCCCGCCAAGGUUCCCCUUUCCAAGGAUUCCCGGAAAACGGUGA